AUUCCAAUCUCUUUCAAUACAAAAUGAGCACGACCCUUCGCCCUUACCUGGACGCUGUGCGCGCCACCAUCACUGCCGCCGUCUGCCUCGAGAACUUCUCGUCCCAGCACGUCGAGCGCCACAACAAGCCCGAGGUCGAGACCAAGGGAAGCAAGGAGGUCCUCCUUCAACCCGUUGUGAUUAGCCGCAACGCUCAGGAGCGCGUUCUUGUUGAGGCAUCGAUCAACGCUGUUCGCAUUUCCAUCGGCAUCAAGCAAGCCGAUGAGAUUGAAAAGAUCCUUUGCAAGAAGUUCAUGUCGUUCAUCAUGAUGCGCGCAGAGAACUUUUUCAUUCUGCGCAGGAAGCCGGUCGAGGGCUACGACAUUAGCUUCCUCAUCACCAACUUCCACACUGAGCAAAUGUUCAAGCACAAGCUGGUCGACUUUAUCAUCACUUUCAUGGAGAACGUCGAUGUUGAGAUCAGCGAAAUGAAGAUCACUACCAACGCUCGCGCUCGCAUCUGCGCCGAGGAGUACCUUAAGGCUUUCCACUAAACCCACAUUUCCAGCUUUUCAGCGAAAAAGGGAGAUGACAAUCUUUGUCUCUCACCCCCCCUUUUUUGGCCUGGUCUGCCGUGUUUUGUUUUGUUUUGGUGUUGCUGUGUGUGUAGUAGGUGUUUGCGUUCUCUGUAAACCCUUUGUUGUUCUGUCCUCUUCAUUUUGUAUAAACGCCUGCUAGACGGGCAACAUUUUCCUACAACA